GCAAGCGAGUAUAACAAUUCAUAGACCGAGUUGUAGAUCUCGGGUUACUGCCGAAAGGAAACAGUAAAGCUGCGAUUUCAACCUGGAUGCAGUAUCCAGCUUCAACCUUUCCCCGAUCUGUUGCAACACAGCUGCUCAGCGAAGUCAAAAGGCAUUACAAGCACGGCAGCGUGGACCUCGAGAAAAAGCUUCAAACAAUGAAGGCGAAGGGCCUCGUAGCCGAUGGAUCAUGUACCAAGAUUGACGACGACAUCCCGGCCAUUGAGAAUUUCAUGCUCUUGAAUCGGUCGAGUAAAAGCUUCCGCAGAUUCGUUCCUCUCACGGGCACCGAGCAGCCUUUUGUCUCAUUCUCGGAACGGGAGCUCGGCAUCCUGUUUUGGCAUCACAGUGCGAUCAAGGGCAAACUUCAGGAAAUGAUGUUGGUGGAUUUUGAAGACAAAAGCACUGUUCCUGCUCGGGAUGAUUUUCUGGAAUGGCUUCAGACUAAACCCCCAGGAUUCUUCAUCACUGAAGUGCUUUCAAACAUCGGCAAAAACAACGUGCGCAAGGGACGAAGGGGCUUCAAAGACAAUACUUCAACCAUGGGACUGACUAGAAUACGAGCACACGUUCAACACAUUCAGCACCCUAACUUUGAUCCCAGGGGUUACAGUGAGCACGGCUACGUGCUCCGCGGAGGCAUUCGUACGGAUGGACAUCGAUUACAACUGGUGGCGUCCAAAUUGAAAGAGCUUCAGGCAGUUCGGUACAAACGCCUACCGACAGAAGUCCUUCUACCCAGAGCUAUAUCAACCAUUGGCGGCGUGGAUUUUUUUCUGUCAGAAAUCAGGAACGUGGUCAGAACCCCGCAGGACGUUGCCGAGUUGUGGGGUUGUGACCCUCAAGGGAUCAAGGUACUAGGAAUUGACAUGGGACAAGCCUGUGUUAUCGGAGCCAGUGCAAUCCUGCCCAAAAAGACCCAAGGGAAGACCCGAGCGAGUUGCAGCGCAGACCUCACAUCAAUGUCGCCCAACAACAUCGAUGCAGGCGUUAACAUGCAGGAGCCGUGCGAUUCUAAUGCUGCGAGAUCGAAGAUGUCGUCCGACAGUGCAACAGUCCCAGCCAUAUUUCCUCCGACGUUUUACAAUCUGGCUGUUAAGCAGAAGGCUGUCUACCAGCCAAUGUUAAAGCACAGACGGUGGAUGAACCAACAGAAAGGAAACGGCCCAAUAAGCGCGAUCGAGUCGGAGUUGCCUGCGCUUCGUGGCGAGAACUCGGGUUUGGCAGACUAUCUCAACGAGUACGACAAAGUCAAGCAUCAUCUGGAUGUAUUCUAUAACGGCCACAAUCACCAGUUCAAAAAGCACAGGGGGAAUGCCUAAAGAGCAAAGGCAGCAGAGUUCCAGCGCAUCACUAAUGAAUUGCUAAAGUUGGUCGGCGGCUCGUCGGGCUCCAAAAGAGAUGGGAACAACAAGGUCAUUAUUGGGAUCGGCCUAGGAAAAUUCUCUAGCAGCAUGAAACUGUCGUCGCUACAUGAGUCCUUCACAGCUUACUUCGUCAAAAAGGCUCGGGCACUGGGGUACAUUGUGGUCGGCGUAAACGAAUAUUAUACUUCCAAAAAAUGCCCGGUCUGUGAAGACUUUGUGAGGAAAAUAGAAAUUCGACGGCUUUAUUGCCGGCGGUGCAAGGCGAUCAUGUACAGGGAUGUGAUGGCGGGGCACAACAUAUGCAACG